UAGGUCUCUCUGACUAAGAGCGCUUUCUUUCUCCUCACCCAAGCUCACUGUUUCUCUCUCUAUAUUAUACUCUUCUGUGGAGGCUCUUGGAUUUGGUUUUUGGUUUUUGGUUUUUGCAAUUGAGUUUUCGAACGGUUCGGAUCCAGUCGCCAUUGCCGGAAACUAUGCCUUAUCCGGCGGAUUUCCGGUGAGUUACCGGACUCUGUCAGUCGCUCUUCUCGAAUAGAAAGCUCUGAAUCCGCCAUGGAUGUCUCAGAAGUUAAAGGUUUUGGCGUGUACCGGUUCGUUUUGGUGAGGAUUCUGAAUAAAGAAAUUUAUUUUUGUACUUUCGGAGAAGCGUCCAUCUAGCUCUCUCCGUGUUGCGGUGGAAUCUGAAAUUUUAAUUCGAUCACUUGUGCUUUCGAUUCAGUUUUCGGUUUCUUUUACUUUCAUGUGAAAAUUGGACUGCUUAAUUCUACUGCUUUAGAACCAGAGACGGAUCUCUACCGAUUGCUGUGCCUUAUUUUUCUUUUGCAGUAGCUGUAGGAGUAGAAUCAUCACUUUCUCGGCUUUUCUUUAGUAGUACAACCGAGACGGCUUUACUCGUAAUAGCUCUCGGAGCUUUUACAAAUGAGAGAAGGUCCUUGUUCUAUCCAUUGCUCGUCAGGGAGGACUUGAAGCAGCGCGAGCUACCUGAGUCCGGUAAAUGGACACAAACUCAUCUGGAGAAGACCCUUUCAUCAAGGCACGAAAGCCUUAUACGAUUACCAAGCAACGAGAGCGAUGGACAGAGGAGGAGCAUAAUAGGUUUCUUGAUGCCUUGAAGCUCUAUGGCCGAGCAUGGCAGCGCAUUGAAGAACAUAUUGGAACGAAGACUGCUGUGCAGAUCAGGAGUCAUGCUCAGAAGUUCUUUUCAAAGCUGGAGAAGGAGGCACACAAUAAAGGUGUUCCAAUGGGACAAUCAAUUGACAUAGAUAUCCCGCCUCCACGUCCCAAGAGGAAACCAAGCAAUCCUUACCCUCGAAAGUCUAGUUCAGCUGCCACGACAUUGACCACUCCGCAUGUGGGAGCAAAGGAUGGAAAACUUUUAUCUACAGCAUCUUCUUCACACUGUCCACAAGUAGUGGAUUUGGAGAAAGAACCACCUCAUGAGAGACCUACUGAAGAAGAAAAUCCGAAAAAUGGAAAAGAAAAUCAGGAUGAAAAUUGCUCAGAAGCCUUCACUUUGCUCCAAGAACAUAAUUGUUCCUCUGAUUCUACUGCAAACAAAAAUUCUAUACCUACACAGGUGGUGCUGAGAAACGCUUGCACUUUUCAGGAGUUUGUGCCUUCGCUGAAAGAGGUAAUAAGUCAAGAUGUAACAACUGAAUCUUAUGUUACUAUUGAACUUAAUGGAAAUCAGAAUAUGAAGAAAAAUGAUGCCAAAAAGAUAGUUCAAGUUAAUGGCACAAGUGGAGCCUCAGUGUCAGAGAACACUAAUGCUCUUCAUAAGAAGUUGGUUCAAGGUGAGAAAGCAGAUGAUUUGAAUUGUGCAUUGCCAACAGAUGGGAUGCAAGGCACUCAGAACUACCCAAGGAAUGUUCCUGUACAUGUACUGGAUGGCAGCGUAGGAGCAUGUAAUCAAACUACACCUGCAGAUAUGUCAUUCCCUGACUCCGGUUUCCAUCCUAUGGGGAAGGUUCAUGGACAGCCUAACCUGUUUGCAAAUCCAGCGGCAUCUACUACUACUGAACAUGAAAGUAAUGCAUCAAGAUCUACUAUUCACCAAUCGUUUCCAGCUUUUCACCCUCCCUUCACACCAUUCCACCAUGGUCAAAAGGACUACCAAUCAUUUCACCACAUUUCCUCAACUUUUUCUAGCCUUAUUGUGUCGUCUCUGCUACAAAACCCUGCAGCCCAUGCUGCGGCUAGCUUUGCAGCCACAUUUUGGCCUUAUGCAAAUGUGGAAAAUACGGAAGACUCUCCUGCAUGCUCCUCUGCUGGAGGUUUUCCACCGACCUCCCCUCCAAGUAUGGCAGCAAUUGCUGCUGCCACUGUAGCUGCUGCAACUGCAUGGUGGGCAGCCCAUGGAUUGCUUCCCUUGUGCGCUCCUGUUCAAACUUCUUUGAGCUGCCCUCCCAUGCCCAUGACUGGGGGGGUUCCAUCAGUGAAUACUGAUCAAGAUCCCGCAGUGAUGACAGAGAGAGGCGAGAAUUCUCUUCAAAUUCCUUCUGCAGAGGAUCAACAAUUGGAGCCGGAACACUUGGAAGCUGUGGAUGCUCAGCAUUUAGCUUCACAAUCACCAAACAGGUCAUCAUCACACUCUGAUAAUGGAGGUGCAGAGCCUAAUACAGAAUUGAAGUCUGCUGAUGAUGAGAAGGCUGUGGCAUCAACUGCUCAAGUUAAUGAUUCAGACAAUGCAAAGAGUAGAAAACAGGUUGACCAUUCUUCGUGUGGCUCCAACACACCUUCCGGCAGCGAAGUAGAGACAGAUGCAUUAGAGAAGCAUGAGAAAGGCACAGAAGAACCAGAAGAACCUAAAGAACCAAAAGAACUUGAUCUAAAUCUCUUAGCAUCUGAUUCUAAUUAUCGUCGCAGUAGAAGUAUCAGCAACAUGAAUGAUCCAUGGAAAGAGGUUUCUGAAGAGGGCCGGAUGGCCUUUCAAGCGCUAUUCGCAAGAGAGGUACUGCCCCAGAGUUUUUCACCGCCUUCACACUGCCUCAAGGUUAAUGAGCAUCAGGAUGCUACAGAAGCAGCAAAUCAAAAUUCUGACAAGAAAGAUAGAGAUGCAUAUGCAUCACAAUUUGACUUCUAUUCGUGGAUGUCAUUUCCGUAUCCUCCAGAAGCGGAGAAAAUUGUGUCACCAGCACGAGGCAGCAACACAGAAGGGCUACUGACACUAGGACUUAGCCAAGGGAAACUCAAGGCCCGUCGAACAGGAUUCAAGCCUUACAAGAGGUGCUCCGUAGAGGCCAACGAGAACCGGGUGGCCAAUGCCGGCAGCCACUGCGAAGAGAAGGGCCCGAAGAGGUUACGCUUAGAAGGGGAAGCUCAAACUUGACAUUCCAUAUUGUGUGCAAAAUCAAUGGAAACCUUUGUUUUUGCACGCAGGUUGUAUUUUCCGCUCCUUUAUAUAGUUCGUUUGUGUUUUAAUUUCGAUUCCAGCAGAUCAGAAACUUUUCUUUGGCGUGUGUACCAUAAUCUAUUUACAUUUGAUCGUUUCACUAUCUCGAACCUCUGCAACUGCAGUUGUAGACUCGCGUAAUUAGACCCUCGAUAAAGUACAUUCCAAGUGUUUGAUUGA